CAAAAUGAAAUCUGUUUUGUUUCCAUAUGUGUUAUACUUAAGCCUAAUGCUCAUCCUAGCUGAAACACAGGCCAAUGAAAAUGAGUCUUCUGUGGCAACCAGAAUAGCAGAGGAAAAAUGUGGAGAGCACACCUAUAAGGCUGUGAGACCUUUGUUAAAGUAUAUUCAUCAGAUGAAGGAGGAAAUUGAAAACAAUAACAAUAAAAUUGAAGGCAAAGACAGGGAAAUCCAGCAACUGCAGGAAAAGCUGAACCAACGUAAUGAUUUGGUCAUCGAAUUUUACAAACAGAGUAUCCAAGAGCUAACGAACAACGUUUUAUCAAUAAAAGAGGAAAUGAGUAAACCCAAUUCCAAUGCCUUGAAAAUCCAGGACUAUGAAGAGCAGCUGGAGAAACAAAAGAAGUCAAUUGAUCAACAGGCCCAACAAAUAUCUGAACUCAAAAACGAAAUAAACAAUUGUGCCAAGAAACUAAGAACCGACGAAGAGAAGCCUGUUUACGGCGAAUGCACCGACUUUGCUGAUGCUCCGGGUAUUCAUAAGAUUAGCCCGGAUCAAGAAGCUCCCUCCGAUGUACUUUGUGAUAGUGCGACAGCAGGUCCUGGCUGGACGGUUAUCCAGCAGCGAAUCAAUGGAAAGGAGGAUUUCUACAGGAAUUGGGCCAAUUACCGUGAAGGUUUUGGUUCCUUUGAUGGCGACUUCUUCCUCGGUCUCGAGAGGAUUCAUCGCUUGACGCGCGCCCAACCCCACGAGCUCUACAUACAUAUGGAAGGAUUUGUUGGUGACACCAAAUACAGAAGAUACGAUCAAUUUGCCAUUUCUGGCGAGGAGGACCAAUACACCUUGAUCACCUUGGGCAAAUCUGAGGGCAGUGCAACUGAUGAUAACUUGGAAUACCACAAAGAUAGGAAAUUCACCACAUACGAUCGUGACAAUGACAAUUGGGAUUCUGUCAACUGCGCAAGAGACAAUAAUGGUGGUGGUUGGUGGUACGGUGCUUGUGCAGACAGCAAUUUAAAUGGCAAAUACUAUGAUCAUGAGGUGUCCAGAGACGAUGCCAUAUAUUGGGGAUGGGGCCCCAUCUCCUUGAAGACAGUCAAAAUGCUCAUACGCCCCAAAAGCAAUGGAAAAUAAAAUCAAAAACUAAUAUGUAUACCAUUUAUUGUAGAAGAGCUUAAAUUGUCUUAAAAUGUACUCGCA